AUUUCAUAUGGUUUUCUAGCAAAAUGAAUCGCAUUUCUAACUUGCUUAAAUCUUAAAUUUGUUAAUAUGUUUACAUCCUAAUUAGUUAAUUAUAAAUAUUGACAAUGGCCAGUGAUGUAUUAAAUAAGGUGAAUGCCUGUAAAUCUUAUGUUUCCUUGCUGGUGGAUCCUAAUGCUCGUGAUGACAGCAAAUUAAAGGCGGCUCAAGCAAUAGCUGAAGAUCUUGAGGCUAUUAUUUCGAGUCCUCAGUAUCCAUCAUUUCUGGAACAUGCAGUCAAUACUUUCAGGCGGUUUCUUGCCGAUGGACAACCUUUAUUUAUUGUGGAACAUACGGGACAACAGCUCAGGAAAUUAAUUCUAGAAAUAAUCCAACGAUUACCUGUCAAUGAGCAUCUUCGGGUGCAUUCCAACACUUUGAUUUCCCUGAUGUUUUUAUUACUAGAUAUCGAGAACGAAGAAAAUGUUCUGGUGAUACUCAGGAUUAUCAUUGAAUUGCAUAAGAGUCAUCGCCCUCCAUUUAGUACCGAGAUUCAAAAGUUUCUGAACUUUGUUAAGAAAAUUUAUCAAGAUUUACCAAAUAAUAUGAAUAGAAUUUUCGAGAUAAAGCAGUCGCUAAAAGUUAAAGACAUCUCGGAACUUACUACUCAACUUCCAGUUUUAAUCAAUGAAAUUUUCACCCUUACUCCUGUGAUGUCGGAAAAGAAGAGUUCGGAAAAUAAUCUCAUCUAUAACUUGAUACCCAAAGCAACUCUUUCACUUAAAGUAUUGGCUGAAUUGCCGAUCAUAGUUGUUUUGAUGUACCAGUUAUACAAAGCUAAUCUCCAACAAGAAAUCGAAAUUUUAAUACCAUUAAUUAUGAAUGCUCUGACCCUUCAACCAUCUCCACAAUUGCGUAACCACGCAAUGUUUAAUCAAGAAGUAUUCGUCGAUUUUGUUGCAGCUCAGAUUAAAACCCUGUCAUUCUUAGCAUACAUGGUUCGAAUUUAUCAGGAUUCCGUCAACGCUAAUGUUAAUCAGCUAAUCACGGGCUUCAUUAGCAUUCUUGUCAACUGUCCACAUGAAGUAGCUCAUUUGAGGAAGGAAUUGCUGAUUGCAGCUCGUCACAUCCUCAUGACGGAUCUCAAAACAAAAUUCAUUCCCUGCAUCGAUCAGCUUUUUGAUGAAAAUAUUGUAAUUGGUAAGGGCUGGACUGCUCAAAACAGUCUACGUCCACUUGCUUACAGUACCAUCGCUGACUUAGUUCAUCAUGUUCGAACUCAACUGAAAUUCAAGGAUUUGGUUUCUGCUGUUAAUGUUUUCUCGAAAAAUGUCCAUGAUGAGCAUCUUACUAAUUCAAUUCAUACCAUGUCUUGUAAAUUACUUCUAAAUUUGGUUGAAUGCAUCAGGACUCGGGCCGAAAUUGAACAUGGUGCUCAAGCUUGUCAAGUGUCAAGAGAGGUUUUGCUUAAGCUCUUGGAAGUUUACGUUCUAAAAUUCAAACAUAUUGCUAAGCAUCAUAUUCCUAUGUUGAUUAACCGUCAAACCACUCAACAAGCAUCUCAUUCCUCUAACUCAUCUCAGCAAACACAACAGCAUUCAACCCAAUCAUUGCCACAAUCGACAAACAGUGAGACAAAGUCUGAUGAAUCUAAACCUUUUCCUAGUGGUGUUGGGGAAAAUUUUGGUGCCGAUGAUAGGCCCAAGUUUGGUUUUCCAACAAUACCUUCAGACAAUUAUUCAAUUAGUGAUUGUAAAGGUUUGGUUAAGACAUUAAUUGUUGGUGUGAAAACUAUCACUUACGGCAUGCCAUCAUAUCGAGCUGCAGGUGAUACAUCCACAACUCCACCUCAACAAAAACAAUUUCAUCCCAAAGAAACUAUACUAUACAUCAGAUUGGUGAAGUAUGCUCUAAUGGCUUUAGACGUUUACACCAUCACUCCUAGUCCAGUGAAUAUUUCUGCAAGUUUAACGACUAGUACUCAUCAAAAUGUUGUCCAAGGAACCACAGGAAUAUUCCGAGCCAAUCUAAUGUCCAAUGUAAGACCGAAAGAAGAAAAAGAAGUCUUAGAACAUUUUGCUGGUGUUUUUCAGAAUGUUAGUCCUCAAAGCUUUCGCGAAGUUUUCUCCACACUCAUUGAUUUUUAUGUUGAACGUACAAAUUCUAAUAUCGCACUUCUCACUUUGGCCAAUUCUUUUCUUGGAAAUCCGGUUCUAUCACCCGUAUUUGCAACAAUUAUUGUCGAGUAUUUACUUGAAAGAAUGGAAGAGAUGGGAACAAAUCUGGAGAAAUCUAACCUCCACUUGAAACUGUAUAAAUUGGUUUUUGGAUCUGUCUCUCUUUUUCCUGCUGAAAAUGAGUUGAUGCUUAAGCCUCAUCUUCACAAUAUCGUGAACCGAUCCCUCGAACUAGCAUUAAGUGCCAAAGAACCUUACAAUUAUUUCCUUUUAUUAAGAGCCUUGUUCCGUUCUAUCGGUGGAGGCAGUCAUGAUCUCUUAUAUCAAGAAUUCUUGCCACUUUUACCUAGUCUUCUUCAAGGAUUGAAUAGUCUUCAAAGUGGUUUACACAAGCAACAUAUGCACGAUCUUUUUGUGGAACUUUGCCUCACUGUUCCUGUCCGUUUGAGUAGUUUACUUCCUUAUCUUCCUAUGCUCAUGGAUCCUUUAGUUGCUGCUUUGAAUGGUUCACAGACUUUAGUCAGUCAAGGCUUGAGGACAUUGGAACUUUGUGUCGACAAUUUACAACCUGAUUUCCUCUAUGAUCACAUUCAACCAGUUCGUGCUGGGCUUAUGCAAGCUCUAUGGAAAACACUUCGUUACCCUUCUGACAGUAUUGCUGGAGUCUCGUUUAGAUUAUUAGGUAAAUUUGGUGGUGGUAAUCGUAAAAUGAUGACUGAACCUCAAAAAAUUGAAUUCAUUGAUCAUAAAGAAGGAUCUGUAAAUGGAUCAACUUCAAUCGUUGUUUGUUUCCCCGAACACAAAUCUUCAAUUAAUUUACCUAUCGACAAAGUUAUAGAAACUGCGUUUAAUGCACUCAAAUCAUCAACCACAGAUCCAUUUUAUCGUAGACAAUGCUGGGAAGUUAUCAAAGGUUUUCUCAUUGCCCACAUUCAACCUCCUCCGCCAGAUGAAGAUAAAUAUAACUUGCAGAGAUUUUUCUCUCACCCAAGUUUUAGUCAAGGUGAAAUUCAUCCUCUAAAUGGACCAUUCUACAAAUCUAGCGAUUCACAAAUUCGAAAAGUGCAUGAAAUGGCUUUAACAGGGAUGUUUGUGGCUGCAGCAAUUAAAGAACUUCGUUCAAUUGUUUUACCUUUCAUGGUUUCUCUUGUUCGCCACUAUACUCUUCUAGCAAUAAGUCAACAAUCUGGUCCAAUUAAUUUAGGAGGAAAACAGCAUAAAUUAUAUGGAAUGGAUGCAUUAGUUUUAAUUGAUGCUGUAGCAACCAUCAUGGGCCACGAAGAGAAGGAACUAUGUAAACCUGGACAUCUAGCUUUGAUUAUCAUCUUAGAUACUGGUACUGCUAUCCUUGGAUCUCGUGAAAGAACUUGUCAACUACCAUUAACUGAGUAUUUAGUUGAACGAAUGUGUGCGCUGUGUUAUGACCGAGCUUGGUACGCGAAAUUAGGAGGAUGUAUUGCCAUCAAGUUUCUAUUUGAACGAAUGACUUUAAAAUGGGUUUUCGCUCACCAAUAUAUGUUUCUCAAAGCUUUGUUAUUUGUGAUGAUGGAUUUAACUGGUGAAGUGUCUAGUGGUGCCGUUGACAUGGCCAAAUCCAAUUUGGAAAAGAUGAUAACUUUGUGUGCUGCACCCAUAAAAUUACUUAUGGAUGGUAGCAAUUCUGAUCUUGUUGAGGCACAAAAGAAAUCUCUUCAUGAAGUCACUCAAGAACUCGUUCGUCAAGUAACUUCACCAAACACCUGUGUUCGACAACAAGCCAUGAACUCUUUAAAAGUUUUAGCCGAAGUGCAAGAAUCAACUAUAGAGGCUAUUAUGAGACCACAUAAAGAUGUCUUAACUGACAUGGUUCCUCCCAAGAAAAAUGUUUUAGGUCAUCAACCGGUUAAUACUCAAAUAGGACUUAUGGAAGGAAAUACAUUUUGUAUGACUCUAGAACCACCAUUAUUCACAUUGGACAUGUCCGUUCCAGAACAUGUUAGUUUUGUCGAGGAAUUGACAAAUCUCUGUAAGACUGAAGACGCCCAACUGAUGAAGUUCGCAAUCUAUAAAAAUGUCCCUAAUCUCACUCAACUUAAGAAGUCCGUUCUUAAAACACUGACAGCAUAUGCACCUCUGUAUCCCAAAAGAGAUGAAAUAUUUCCCGUUUUGUUUUGUGCCUUACUUUCAACAAAUAGUGAAAUUCAAGAAACUGGAUUUGAAUGUUUGAAAAAAUUUCUCACUUUUGGUAAAGUUGAUCUAGAUGCUGUUAUCAAUGGCAUUCGCUCUUACAUGGCAGAUCAUGAGAAAUUGAACUUGAAUAUAAUUAAACGAAUCAACUACCUUGCACAACUUUUCCCAGUUCUUUUCACCGAAAAACUUUGUGAUCGAAUGGCUCAAAAUCUGAAGAAAUGGCUCGAUACUGUUGUUAGAAGUCAUAAGAAAAAUAUUGAAGAGAUGAAAGUUUGUGCUGCUCUCAUCGAUUUUUUCCAUAUUGUGCCUGCUACUGGAACAAAGUAUGUCGAAGUUCUUCUGUGUUAUGUUUUCAAGACAGAAAAAGCGCUGUCAAUUGAACCUGGGUCAAUUCUUAGAGACCCACUGAGAAAAUUCCUUCAAAGAUACCCUGAGCAUACUUUGGAUCUUCUAUUAACCGAGCGAAAUAUCAAUGAAGAUCAGAUCUAUCGAUUUGUAAAAUAUCUCUUGAAAGGACCCGAAGGAGCCAUUUUCCGACAAGUUCUUCAACAAAAUCCUGCAAGGCUUGUGAAGUUUGCUUCCGGACCUAUUCAAAUUCAAGAAAAAAUCAGUAUACCUCAACCACAAGCUGCUCAACCUGAUGGCUCUGGUGCCGCUGCUCCUCAACCACAAGCCCAAACACAAACUGUAACUGUGACUUAUGACUUACAAUAUCAAGCAAUUUUAAUUACUUCUAUAUUGGUCAAGUAUGACGAACAGUGGUUGUCCGGUCAAAUUCCUUUGGUAGAAGCACUGAUCAAAAUAUGGAACUCGCCCGAACUUCCCAAAAAACAUUCAAAGAUUGAAUCAUCUGAUUAUGUGCAAUGGAGGGAACCCAAGUUAUUAAUGAAAUGUUUGCUUAAUUAUUUCAAACAAAAUCCAAAUGGAAACAGCAUAAUUCUACUUUUUAAUCUUCUAAGAGCUUUCAUCAAUCGUUAUAUUUGCGAUUUCGACUUUUUCCGUGAUUUUCUUGAACAGACUGUCACCAAUUAUACAAUUGAAUGGAAAAGAGAAGCUUUCUUUAAGUUUGCUAACAUUUUUUAUGACGAUAACUAUCCUCAAGAAUUGAAAGCAAAGAUCCUUCAAUACAUUAUAAUACCAUCUUUUGCUGUCACAUUUGAACGAGGAGAGGGUGAAAGACUCAUUGGCGGUCCUCCAGCGCCAGAGCAAGACCAAGAUGACAACCUUAUUAGUGUUUUUAUUUACAGAGUAGUUGAACCAGAGUACAGACUUUAUUCUGACGCUGUCCGAAUACUUUUACUUCAAUUUUCCUGUCUUUUGGUUGAACAAGCUUCACCACAUAUUCACGAUGCUGCCAAUAAACGACAAGGUACUAAACUCCGUCGAUUAAUGACUUUUGCUUGGCCAUGCCUUCUCUCUAAAAGCUGUGUUGAUCCAGCCACCAAGUAUCAUGGACAUCUGUUGCUCGCUCAUAUCAUCGCUAAAUUUGCCAUACACAAGAGAAUAGUUCUUCAAGUCUUUCAUAGUUUGCUUAAAGCUCAUGCUAAUGAGGCUCGAACUGUGGUUCGUCAAGCAUUAGAAAUCCUUACUCCAGCAAUGCCUCAAAGAAUGGAAGACGGUAAUUCUAUGCUUACUCACUGGACAAAGAAGAUUAUUGUCGAGGAAGGUCACUCACUUCCACAACUAACUCAUAUGCUUCAACUUUUGAUUCGCCAUUACAAAGUUUAUUAUCCUGUGCGACAUCAUCUUAUUCAACAUAUGGUUGCUUCCAUCCAAAGACUUGGCUUCACUCCUAAUUCAACUGUAGACCAUCGAAAAAUUUCAGUUGAUUUAGUCGAAGUAAUUUUACUGUGGGAACUCCAAAGAUCUCGUGAAGAACAAGAACAACAAUCAACAGCCGCAGCAACACCAACAGCGACAGCUUCAACAGCAACAGCAACCACUCCUUUAACUGCGAAUGUACCUGGAACCUCAUCUGAAUCAGUAGCUCAACCAUCGCAAAAAAUCAAAAUCCCUUCAACGCCAACUCCUUCAUCAUCUUACGGUAAACCAUUAUCAACCGAUAACAAUGAUCCUGUUGAAAAGACUCAUCAAGAUGCCAUAGUCAACUUUUUACUUCGUCUUGCAUGUCAUGUAAAUGAAACUGGAACCAAUCUUGGAUCUCCUGGAGAAAUCUUGUCACGACGAUGUGUUAAUCUUCUGAAAUUAGCUUUGAAACCAGAAAUUUGGCCAACUGCUGAAUUGAGGUUGGGCUGGUUUGAUAAACUCUUGCUUACUGUUGAAUCGACAACUCCUAACUAUGGAAAUAUUUGCACUGCAUUAGAACUACUUAGUUUUCUCCUCAACAUCUUGAGACGUGAAGCAAUUUUGGUCAGUUUCAAGCCUUUACAACGAGGAAUUGCUGCUUGUAUGACGUGUACAAAUACAAAAGUGAUUCGUUGUGUUCACAACCUUUUAACGCGUUUGAUGUCAUUCUUCCCUACUGAAGGAGCAACAUCUACCACAGCCUCUAAGCAUGAAGAGCUCGAAGCUUUAUACUCUGCUGUUAGUAAAGUUAUUUUUGAAGGAUUAAGCAAUUACGAAAAGGCCACUGGACCAACUUUGCCUCAAUCUCUAUUUGGUACUAUCAUGAUUUUGAAAGCAGCUUGUAGUAACAAUCCAUGCUAUAUAGAUAGAAUGAUUGUACUCUUUAUGCGUGUGUUACAAAAGAUGGCUCGAGAACAUCUAAGUCCUACUUUGCCGAAUGAACAACCAAACCCAAUGGGUAGUGAACUAUUGAUUUUAAGCUUAGAUCUUGUAAAGAAUAGAAUCGGUGUAAUGGGCCAAGAGAUGCGUAAAGCGUUCUUCACCAACAUUCUUGUUGGAUUGAUUGAAAAAUCUCCUGACGUUAAAGUUUUACGUGCCAUUACUAAAAUGUUAGAAGACUGGGUUAAAAACAAGGGGCCGUUCGGUGCAAAUCAAGCUCCAACUCUUCGAGAAAAGACACUCCUUCUUGUCAAGAUGAUGAUGUUUGUGGAAAAACGAUUUGCUGAUGACAAUGAACUCAUGGCUCAAUUUUUAGAACUAAUCAACUAUGUUUAUCGUGACGAAUCUUUGAAAAACACUGACUUGGCUACAAAGUUAGAACAAGCAUUUAUGUCAGGAUUAAGAUGUGUACAGCCACAAAUACGUGCUAAAUUCUUUGAAGUUUUUGACGCAAGUAUUCGUAGAAGAUUACACGAUCGUUUACUUUAUAUUGUGUGCUCUCAAAACUGGGAAACUAUUGGUCCUCAUUUUUGGAUCAAACAGUGUAUCGAGUUGAUUCUGGUUUCUGUGAUACAUACUUUGUGCAUUACUAGUGGGAAUCCAAUAGCGAUGUUGCCCUCUCCAACGGCUGUGAUUGAUUUCGGUGAUCAACAAGAACGAGCAUCUUUAGCUAACUCCAUUAAUGAUCAGAUGGACAUUGAUAUGUUUUGUGCAAUGGCGAAUGGAAUUGAUUCUGUUAGAGAAGCUGAAGAAGUGAUGGAUAUUGAAUUAUCUUCAGCCGAAGAAAACCAAUCCAACAACAGUAGAGGAAGCAUUUACGGUGGUAGUAAUUUAUUAGGAACAAGACGACCAAGUACUCCGAGUGAUCCUACACAACAUUUACGGGUUUUAAUAUCAAAACAAAACAAAUUUUUGAACAGUUUAAAAGAAACUCGGACUCUUAACUUCCUAAUGGCUGUUGCUCAAUUAUGUCAUAUGGACACAAAUUUAGCCUACCAUACAUGGAUCCAACUAUUUCCGCGAUUAUGGAAAAUUUUAAGUGAACGACAGCAGAAUUUAUUAACUGCAGAAUUAAUUCCAUUCAUUUGUAGUGGAAGUCACAUUAUUCAAAAAGACUGUCAUCCCUCUGCGAUUGGCUGUUUCAUGGAGGCAAUAGCCCAAUGUAGUCCUGUCAUACCCAUCCGACCAUCUCUUCUUAAAUACAUGGGUAAGUCACAUAAUAUCUGGCAUCGAGUUGCUCUUAUGCUCGAAAACAUUGCUUUUGACAAAUCUAUCGCUGGAGCUUUAACAACAAACACUACAUCAACCACUACCAAAUAUACUCGCAAACACGAUGGAGGUGAUACUGAUUAUACCGAGCCAGCUCCUGUUCCGUCAAUGUCUUUGACUCAAGAAGCUAAUGAUUCAUUAGCAGAAAUUUAUGAAACUUUGAAAGAGGAAGAUCUUUGGGCCGGUUUGUGGCAAAAGAGAGCUAAAUAUCAAGAAACUUUAAUCGGUAUUGCCUAUGAACAGCAAGGAUUCUUUGAACAAGCUCAAGGUGCUUUUGAAUUGGCUAUGACCAAAGCUCGCAAUGACUACAACACUAACCCUGCACCUCUAAGCCUUCAAGGAGAGUAUCGUCUUUGGGAGAAACAUUGGAUUCGAUGUUCUAAAGAGUUAAAUCAAUGGGAUCUCAUUCUUGAUUAUGGUAAUUCUAAAGGUUGCACCAAUCCAUUCUUAGUCUUGGAAAGCGCUUGGAGGAUACCGCAGUGGAUGAUGAUGAAAAAAGCCUUACAUCAAGUAGAAACCAAUCAUCCUAAAGAACUUGCCUGGAAAGUUGCCCUUUUCAAAGGUUACAAUCAUAUCUGUAAUGUUGAAGAUCAUAAUUUACCAAUGGCUGAUAGAAUGGUUGAUCUUGCAUCAACCUUGUGCAUCAAAGAAUGGAGGCGACUUCCCUCUAUCGUUUCUCACAUUCAUGUUGAUCUUUUACAAGCUGCACAGCUAAUUAUGGAAUUACAAGAAGCCGGUCAAAUCAACCAAAGCUUGACCCCUAAUAAUACGCGUGCUUCCUGUAUUCAUGAUAUGAAAGCUAUCGUUAAAACUUGGAAAAACCGUCUUCCAGUUUUAUCUGAUGACUUUUCUCAUUGGAGUCAUGUGUUUACUUGGCGACAACAUCAUUUCCAAGCAAUUGUUCAAUUCUAUGAUCCUACCAAUACAGCUCUUACCAAUUUGGGAACACGAACUGCUGUCGCCGAAGGUUUGACAGCCAACAUAACAAAUCAACCAACAGAUCCACAAGCAUCCCAAGCUGUCUUAGGUGUUCACGCCUCUGCUCAAUCAAUCAUAAACACUGGUAGGAUUGCUAGAAAACAUGGACUCAUCGGUGCUUGCUUAGAAGCACUGACUAAAAUUCAUGCCAUACCAAGCAUACCAAUCGUCGAUUGUUUCCAAAAAAUUAGACAGCAGGUUAAGUGUUAUUUACAGCUAGCAUCGACUGGAGGUAAAAACGAGUUACAAGAAGGACUUGAAAUCAUCGAAUCGACAAACUUGAAUUACUUUACUCGUGAAAUGAAAGCAGAGUUUUAUGGUUUGAAAGGACUCUUCUUAUCUCAAUUAGGGCGAUCAGAAGAGGCCAAUCGUGCAUUCAGUGCAGGAGCUCAGUUACAUGAUGGAUUAAACAGAGCUUGGGCUCUUUGGGGUGAAUAUCUAGAAACUUUGUUUACUCGAGAAAAAUGGGAAAGUCGUCAAAUGUCUAUUGGUGUCUCUGCAAUUACUUGUUAUCUCCAUGCAUGUCGCUCUCAAAAUGAGACAAAGGCUCGAAAAUAUUUAGCUAAAGUUAUUUGGCUUCUUACAUACGAUGACGAUUCUCUCUGUUUAGCUGAUGCCGUUGAAAAAUAUAGUCACGGUGUUCCUCCUGUAUGCUGGUUACCGUGGAUCCCUCAACUACUAACUUGUUUAAUUAAAAAAGAAGGUGAUUUAGCAGUCAACAUUCUUAUUCAAGUCGGAAGAAUGUUUCCACAAGCUGUUUAUUUCCCUGUUCGAACUCUGUUCUUAACUCUGAGAAUGGAACAACGAGAAAAACAGAGAAGUAGCGAAAUAGCUGCGGGACAAAAUGCAAACGCUUUAAAAGGCAAACAAAUUGUGGUUAAUCAACAAAUCCAAGGGACAACUCAGACUGUUACCCAACAGCAACAGCAAACCUUUUCAAAUGCUCAAUUCCAGCAAAAAGUGGCAGGUAGAACAACAACCGAAGUAAAUCCAAUUAGAGCUACUGCAUCAAUUAGACGCUGUUCUAUGAUUAUGCGUAAGCAGCAAGAUCUACAUCCAACUGUAUUAUCAUCUCUGGAAGGAAUGGUCGAUCAAAUGGUUUGGUUCCGAGAAAAUUGGUAUGAAGAGAUAUUACGUCAACUCCGUCAAGGACUGAAUAAAUGUUAUGCCAUUGCUUUUGAAAAUCGCGCAGCUGUUGAUGAAGCAACUGUUACUCCUCACACUUUGAAUUUUGUCAACAAACUUGUUGCCACAUUCGGAGUUGGUGUUGAAAAUAUUUCUACUUUACCGUCUAAUUUUGCAACAGCGGCUUCUGAAUCAUUAGCGAAACGAGCUCAGGCAACAGCACAAGAUCCGGUUUUCCAAAAAAUGAAAAGCCAAUUUUCUACUGACUUUGACUUCUCAACUCCAGGUGCCAUGAAACUUCACAAUUUAAUUGUUAAACUUAAAAAAUGGAUCAAAAUUUUAGAAGCAAAGACAAAACUUUUACCAAAGACGUGUUUAAUGGAAGAAAAGUGUCGCUUCCUCAGUUACUUUUCACAGCAAACAGCUGACGUUGAGCUUCCUGGAGAGUUUCUUAUCCCAAAACACAACCUUUAUUCAGUUAGAAUUGCUCGCUUCAUGCCGAGAGUUGAAAUUGUCAACAAACACAACACUGCAGCACGACGGUUCCAUAUCAGAGGCCAUAAUGGUAAAAUCUAUCCAUAUCUUAUUGUGAAUGAUUCUUGUCUCAGCGAUGCUCGACGAGAGGAAAGAGUUCUACAACUUUUCCGACUCUUAAACAAUUAUUUGGGAAAACAAAAGGAAACGCUGAAAAGAUUCUUGCACUUCACUGUGCCGCGAGUUGUUGCUAUUUCACCGCAAACAAGACUGGUUGAAGAUAAUCCCAAUUCAAUAUCAUUGUUAGAUAUUUAUAAACAACGUUGUGUUCAACGAGAUCUCGAAUAUGAUGCUCCUAUUUCCCGAUAUUAUGAACGACUUUCAGCAAUUCAAUCUCGUGGAACACAGGCCAGUCAUCAAGUUCUUCGUGAAAUCCUGAAAGAGAUUCAAACAAAUAUGGUUCCUUCUAAUUUACUAAAAGACUGGGCAAUUCUAACUUAUCCUGGAGCUACUGAUCUUUGGACAUUUAGGAAACAAUUUACUCUUCAAAUGGCACUUGCGAAUGUUGCUGAAUAUGUUCUAUGUUUAUCUCGUUUGAAUCCUGAUAUGAUGUACAUUCACCAAGAUACUGGUUUGAUGAAUGUAGCAUACUUUAGAUUUGAUGUUGACGAUGUAACUGGCGAUAUAGAUGCUAAUCGACCAGUUCCAUUCAGAUUGACUCAUAACAUCUCUGAAUUGAUAACUUCAAUUGGUGUUGCUGGUCCAUUAACAGCUUCAAUGAUCGCCAUAUCUAGAUGUUUGGUACAACCUAACUUCAAAAUUCAAUCCCUUUUAAGAGUAAUUCUUAGGGAUGAAGUUCUUGCUUGGUAUAAAAAGACUCAAGAAGAUGUUCUUCUCAAUGGGGAGGUCACUAUGGAUGGCGAAUCUCUCAUAACUGUUGUAAAUAGAUCUAUUCAGUCGAUAAUGAACCGUUUAUCAUCUUUAGCAACUUUUGACGGAGCGGAAAGCAAAGUUAUAACCCUGGUUGCUGCUGCAAAUAGUCAUGAUAACCUUUGUCGUAUGGAUCCAGCUUGGCAUCCUUGGCUGUAAACCUGUAAAAAGACUUCUCUCAGCCACUAAUAUUCAUCUCUUUUCCAUUGAUUCAUUUCAUUUGGUGGAAUGAUAAUUCAUAUUUUUGUAAACCUUUUCUCUUUUUCUUCACACACUUGUCUAUAAUUCAUCUUUUGUAACCAACCAAUCCCUAUUCCAAUUGUUUAGAACAAACAUGUUAAUUUGAACAUACAUUAAAUAACAUUUUUUU